CUUGACCUUCUCACUCAGUAGCCUGCUUCAGCCUGUUCGUGAUCGAAAUGCGUUCCUGCGUUUUACGUAUGCGGACUGGCCUUUAGUAAGGCUUCUUAGGAAGUCAACCGAUAAAAUUCCGUCAACCAUACCAUAUACUGCUGCACAGAGGUAUGUAAGCCUGUCAACGUUGCUGGUGGUUCAUGUAUCUGGAAUACCCUGCGGGCAAGCCUUACCUGUGCAUGGUCCCGGAAGUGAUGCAUGAUCUAUCUGAUUCGGAUCAAUGCGAAUUUCGUGCCUGUGCUAUGGGAAGAGUUAAUGUCAGCACUAUAACGGACGGCAUCAGGCAGUCGUUAUUUCAGCUUCGUUCAGGAUGGGUCAUUGUGUGGGUCUCAACAGACUGUCAAACUGUCGCAUAUGUCGAAGUUAUGGCCGCAACGGCUUUGCUAUUCGACUUCUGCAUCACUUUCGACUCAGAGGUUCGCUGGACAUGGGGGAGAAAGUGGGGGAUUGUGAGGAUAGCCUUUGUUAUUUCUCGCUAUGUGCCGAUUCUGUGUGUCGCUAUGUACCUAUAUUACACCGUCAAGUCAACUCACAGAGGAAUUCCAAAUCCUGGGGUAUUCAUUGCUGUAAAUGGCACCAUCACCACCUUAGGUUCUGCUGCUGCUGAUGUGUUGCUCGUGGCAAGGACGUACGUGUUUUGUGGGGGUGAAAAGAGGAUCUUGAUCGCGAUAUCAUUGUUUGGCACGGCUACAAUCGCAGCUAUAUUAACAAUUAUAAGCGUCGUUGCGAGUAAAUCCACAAAUCCCGAGUGUGGUGCAUGGGAGGGACAACAAGGCAUCAUUUAUGGUUUGUACAUGAUCUUUCAGCUUGUGUUGAUGUUCCUGACGCUCUACAAACGCUUCAAAUUUUACCAAAUGGAGAAUAGUCCGAUAGUUGCUACUAUAUAUCGGGACGGCGUGUUUUACAUGUUGUGCAUAACUCUGUUAUCGGUGAUGGAUUGGGUCGCCAUUCUUAUGCAUCCUUUAUCAUAUACUCGUCGUUUCUAUGGAGCAGGCCUGCAGACAGUUGUGCGCAGUGUUCUUGCCUCACGCAUCUUGUUCAAUCUACGAGCAGCGAACGAAUCACGGGAUGUCGUUAUAAACUGGUCGGUUGCCUCGGGGAUGAUUUUUGCUCAACCGAUCCAAACAGCAUCCUGUGUGGAUCAUCUAGAGCUGUGGAAUAAUACAGACCCGUGACUUAUUUUAAUCAUAGUUCUUUGUUAGACUUGGACCCAACAUAUGCU